UUAUUAUGUCACCAACAAAACUGAAAGACGUACUCUAUCCUCCUUCUGUCAUCUCUCUUUGUCUCUCUCUCUCUGUUGAUCGACUACACUCCAUCGAUCUUCAGCAACAAUAUAACUCGAUAAGAUUCUAUACCCAACUCAGCUCGUCUAAGGAGCUAAGCUGUCGAGUCUCUUCCUCAGCUUGCUCUUUCUGUGAGUAGUGGUUGAUAUAAUACCAUGGCUGGCAAUAAUGGUGCAUUACAUCUCGCUGCUGACACCAAACGGAAGUUACCACUUUCUGUAUUCUUCAAAGAUGCAAGGUCUGUCUUCAAGAUGGAUUCAUUGGGGUUGGAGAUAUUAAGGAUUGCCAUCCCUGCAGCUUUGGCUUUAGCUGCUGAUCCUGUUGCCUCUCUAAUUGACACCGUCUUUAUUGGCCACAUUGGCGCGGUGGAGCUUGCAGCAGUUGGAGUUUCCAUAGCUAUAUUCAACCAAGCAUCAAAAAUUACUAUAUACCCACUUGUUAGCAUUACAACUUCUUUUGUUGCCGAGGAGGAGACAGUCAGCAAAAUGAAUGCACAAGUUAAAGAUGCUGAAACUUGUAACUCUAAAGAGAUGAUGUCUCAAGAUGAUGUACUUGGGAAACUAGAGGAAGGUUCUGUCACAAAUAUUAACAAAGAUGACUCUCUUCCCAGUGAAGAUUACAUGGAAGUAACACAAAAGACAAAUAAAGUCUCAAUCAGUAGUCCUGAGAAGGUUCAAGUAGGAAGAGGCAAGCGGCAUAUUCCGUCAGCUUCUACUGCACUUGUUCUUGGAUUGUUCCUUGGUGUCUGUCAAACCAUAUUCCUUUUCUUUGGAGCUAAAAUGCUUUUAGGAAUCAUGGGUGUAAAACAUGACUCCCCGAUGCUACAACCAGCUCUUAAGUACUUAACACUAAGAUCCUUAGGUGCUCCAGCUGUGCUUCUUUCUUUAGCAAUGCAAGGUGUUUUUCGAGGAUUUAAAGAUACGACAACUCCCCUUUACGCUACAGUUGCAGCAGAUGGUGCAAAUAUUGUACUGGAUGCGGUUCUUAUCUUUGCAUGUCAUUUGGGUGUGAGUGGUGCAGCCAUCGCUCAUGUACUCUCACAGUACUUAAUGUCAUUUAUACUCUUAUGGAGGUUGACGAGGGAAGUUUAUUUGUUGCCCCCUAGUCUAAAAGCUCUGCAGUUAGGUCGAUUUCUCAAAAAUGGUUUAUAUUUGUUCACAAGGGUCAUAGCUGUCACAUUCUGCGUCACCUUGGCCGCAUCCCUGGCUGCAAGGCUAGGUGCAACUUCUAUGGCUGCAUUUCAGAUUUGCUUACAAGUAUGGUUAGCUUCAUCACUUAUGGCUGAUGGUUUAGCAGUAGCUGGUCAGGCCAUUUUGGCUAGUGCAUUUGCUGAGAAGGAUUACAAGAAGGCAACUGCUGCUGCAUCCAGAGUAUUACAGAUGAGCUUUAUUCUUGGGUUGGGACUGUCUGUUGUCGUUGGAGUCGGUUUGCAGUUCGGAGAUGGGAUCUUUUCUAACGACAAGAAUGUUCUUCAUCUCAUUAGCGUAGGAGUACCGUUUGUUGCAGCCACACAACCAAUAAACUCGUUAUCUUUCGUCUUUGAUGGAGUGAACUUUGGAGCAUCAGAUUUUGCCUAUUCUGCAUAUUCCAUGGUUCUGGUGGCUAUCGCAAGUGUUGCAUCACUAUUUCUGCUGUACAACAGCUAUGGAUUUAUAGGAAUCUGGAUAGCUUUGAGCAUCUACAUGGCUCUACGUACAAUUGCUGGUAUUUGGAGGAUGGGAACUGGGACAGGACCAUGGCACUUUCUCAGAAGCAAAUCUCUUUCUUGAUGACUUCCUUUUCAAUAAUGCCAGUCAUACUUAUGGCCAGAAUUUCCCAGUACUAUUAUUGUCAUUCAUCUUUCCUAAGACUCCGUUAGUUAUGUUCGGGAUCUUAUAAAGAUCAGUUCUCCGCGCAUUUUUUGGAGACGUGCAGGGCUGAAUAUAAAGCUCGCCUCGCCUAUCCUAUCACAUCCUAUCUUAUCCUAACCCUGUUCAGUUUG